CGAGGAAGCUGCUAACUGCGCUACUACUGCAAAAAGUCAGUUAGUGAUGGAUGAUGGAGCUUCUCAAGAACUCGCUGAAUGAUUUGAGAAAAGAUGAACUUAAAGAGUUUCAGUGGCACCUGAGGAAUGAUUAUAAGUUUCCAGCUUCUGGACUGGUGGAAGCAGAUGUCUUAGAUACAGUAGAUAAGAUGGUGGAGCGUGAGAAACAAGAAGGAGCUGUGAACAUCACACUGGACAUCCUGAAGAAGAUAAACCAGAACCAGCUGGCUGAAGAACUAGAGAAAAAACUCAAAGUUAAGAAAGGUGCAGUUGACAGUAAAGCUGUUGAUGUAGAUUACAGUGACUUCAGCAACAAACUGAAGAAGUUAUUAAAACAGGAUUAUGAGAAAAUAUUGGAUGGUAAUUCACACCAGAAUACAUACUUGACUGAUAUCUACACUGAUCUCUACAUAGUGAAGAAUCACACUGGUGGUGUAGUGAAUGAACAUGAAGUGAGACAGAUUGAAUCAAACAGAACUGCUGCUGAGGACACGUCAGUCAUGUGUAAUGACAUAUUUAAAGUCCAGCGUGAUACAGGUCGACAAAACAGAAAAGUGCUGACGCUGGGCAUUGCAGGUGUGGGUAAAACUGUCUCUGUCAGUAAAUUCAUCCUUGACUGGGCUGAAGGAAAAGAAAAUCAGGAAAUCAUCUUUAUUUUUCCUCUGGCCUUCCGUGAACUGAAUCUGAUUUCAGUGAACCGCAGUCUAAUGGGAUUGAUUAAUAAAAAGUUCUUUGGUUCUGAAAAUCAACUGUCCUCACUGCCUAAAGAAGAAGGUAAAGUGAUGUUCAUCUUUGAUGGUCUGGACGAGUGUCGCUUCUCUUUGAGCUUUAAGAACAGUGAGGGAUUUACAGAUGUUACUAAAGAAACUACAGUGGAUGUCAUAAUAACAAACCUGAUCGAGAAAAAUCUGAUUCCCUCUGCUCUCAUCUGGAUCACCUCCAGACCAGCAGCAGCCCAUCUGAUACCUCCAGAACACAUUGAUCAGGUGACAGAGAUCAGAGGAUUCAACGAUGAGCAGAAGGAGAAAUACUUCACCAGAAACAGCAAACCUGAGAAAAUGUCAGAGAGAAUCAUCUCACACAUCAAGAGAUCCAGAAGUCUGCACAUCAUGUGUCAUAUUCCCGUCUUCUGCUGGAUCUGUCUCAGUGUUCUCCAGCCUCUGAUGAUGACUCAAGAGAAUCUGCAAAGUAUUCCUACAACUCUCACAGGGAUGUACAUCUACUUCUUACUCUCCCAGAUGAAACAGAUGAAAGCAAAAAAACAAAGUGACAAUCUCCCUCAGUCUUUUGAAGAUGUUGUUCUGAAGCUCGGGAAACUGGCCUUCACACAGCUUCAGAAAGGAAAUCUGAUUUUCUAUAAAGAAGAUCUUGAGGAAUGUGAGCUGUAUGUCGAUGAUGGUAUAGUUUUCUCUGGGUUAUGCACUCAGAUGUUUCAGGCAGAAAAGCCAGUUUCUGGGAGAAAGGUCUUCAGUUUUGUACAUCUCAGUGUUCAGGAAUUCCUCGCUGCUCUUUACGUGCUUUUCAUUUACAAAAACAGAAAAACAAACCCAUUCCCUCUCACUCUUGGAGACAAAAUAAAGAGGACAUUCAAGAAAAAUUCACUGGUUGACCUUCAUAAGACUGGAAUUAAAAAUGCUCUUCAGAGUAAGAACGGACACCUGGAUCUUCUCCUGCGGUUCCUCAUGGGUCUCUCUCUGGAGUCAAAUCAGAAUGAGCUGAAAGAUCUUCUGCCCUCACUGAACAUCACAGCAGAAGACAUGAGACAGACUUGUAAAUAUAUCAAACAGAAAAUUAAGAAUGAAGAAUCAUCAGAGAAGACCAUCAAUCUCUUCCACUGUCUGAAUGAACUGGGAGAUGAUUCACUGAUCACAGAAAUCCAGAAGUAUCUGAAUUCAGAAGGUCUUUCAGCACGUAAGCUCUCUUCUGGUCAGUGGUCUGCUCUGGUGUUUGUGCUGCUGAUGUCUGAAGAGACUCAAGAGAUGUUUGAGAUGCAGAAAUACAGAAGAUCUGAUGAAGCAGUGAUUCGACUUCUGCCAGUGAUCAGAAACACCAGAAGAGCUCUUCUUCAGAACUGUAAUCUGACUGAAGAGUGUUGUGAAAGAUUGUCUUCAUGUCUACAAUCAUCAACGUCUCUGAGAGAGCUGGACCUGAGUAACAAUGAUCUGAAGGAUUCAGGAGUGAAGCUGAUCUCUGAUGCUCUCAAGACUCACAACUGUCAACUACACACACUGAGGUUAUCAGGUUGUAUGGUGACAGAUGAAGGUUGUUGUUCUUUGGCUUCAGCUCUGAGUUCACAGUCGUCACACCUGAGAGAGCUGGAUCUGAGCUACAAUCACCCACAACACACAACACUUCAGCUGCUCUCUCACACACUCAAUGAUCCAAACUACACAAUCAAUGUGAGUCAUGGAGGAGAGACAAGAAUUAGAGCAGGACUACACAAAUAUGUUUGUGAUCUCACACUGGAUCUAAACACAACACACACUGAACUCAAAGUGUCUGAAGAGAACAGAAAGAUCACACGUGUGAGAGAGCGUCAGUCGUAUCCUGAUCAUCCAGACAGAUUUGAUGUGUGUCCUCAGGUGUUGUGUAGAGAGAGUCUGACUGGAUGGUGUUACUGGGAGACUGAAUGGAGCGGAUCAUUUGUUCAUAUAUCAGUGUCAUAUAAAAGCAUUGAGAGGAAAGGAGAGAGUUAUGAUUGUGUGUUUGGAUUCAAUGUAAAAUCAUGGAGUCUGUUCUGCUCUGAUGACACAUUCACUGCAGUUCACAAUAAUAAACAAACACACAUUAGUGUUUCUCCAGGUGUGUGUAAGAGAGUAGGUGUGUAUGUGGACCAGUCGGUCGGCACUCUGUCCUUCUACAGCGUCUCUGACACACACACACUCACACACUUACACACAUACUACACAACAUUCACUGAGCCUCUCUGUGCUGGAUUUGGUGUUUAUGAAUGUAACUCCUCAGUGUGUCUGUGUGACAUAAACAGCCUCUAUAGAGCCUCCUGUUAAACACAAGAGAGACACACAAAACCACAUGAGUAAUUACACAAAUACUGUUAAAUCUUUCUCUUCUGCUUUCUUUCAUCUGUACAUUAUGAUCUGUGUGCGUGUGUGUGUGUGUGUGUAUAUGUGAGAAAUCAAAGAAAUCACAAUAACUGUCAAUAAUGAGUAAAUAUAUAUAUAUAUAUAUAGAUUGUCACGUCAGACUCUUAGUCACUAGUUUGUUUCCAUUAGAGACAAAAGUUUUUGUGUGAGUGGAGGAAGAUUUUCUUUGC